CGGUGCAACAAAAAAGAGUUAGAGAGAGAGAGACAGAAGCCAAAAUGCAUAGAAAUGAAAUGAGCUUUUAAAAACAUAAAUUUUCUUUCUUUAAUAUUUGUUCUUGGUCUUGUAGUAUUAUUAUUAUUUUUUUGUUGGCUUCUUUCUAAUUUCUUGCACUCUCCUCUCUCAAAUCUCACCCAUCUUUUUAAGUCUUUAUUUCUUUUUAAUCGGCACUACUUGUAAAUUUGUACUGAUGAGGAUCAGGCAAAGAAAAACACCAUUUCCUCUAUCAUCUCUAUCCCCAGGCCCACUACUUCCUCUUUCAGAUCCCAACUCAACCGGACCAUCGCCGAUUCAGCAACUUCAAGAAGACGACGAUGAUGGUAAGGAUCAACAUAAGCAUCCCCCGGCCGGUGGUUCUCAAGAUUCUUCGUAUUAUGGGUUCUUGAAGAGAGAAGAAAAGAAGGUAUUGCUGCAGGAAGAGAAGCUGAGUAAUGAUAUAAGGGGAGGGAAUUUCUUCAUGGGUGCACCAAUUAUGGGUUUUCAAGAAUCAUCAACUUCUUCCCAUCAAGCGGAUGGGACAUUGUGUGAGGGAGAGGAAGCAAUAUUAAUGGAGAAUGAUAAGCAAAUGAUGAAAACGAAAAUGAAGACGAUCAAGAAAUGCAUGAAGCCGAAUCCGAGCAUGAAAAAGAGGGUGAGAGGAGGUCAAGUAAUGGAGGGAUCGCGGUGCAGUCGAGUGAACGGUAGAGGGUGGAGAUGUUGCCAGCAAACACUCGUAGGGUACUCUCUUUGCGACCAUCAUUUAGGUAAAGGAAGGCUUAGAAGUAUGACUAGUGUGCGAAGUCGAUCUGUAUCUAAUAGUACUGCACCGCCAAAGAAGAGCGAGUCCCGGCCUUUAUUGAGCUGCAUUUCUGCUUCAUUAAUGUCAGCCGUGGAGGAAGAUGAAAAGGAUAUACUACUGUUGGAUAAUAAAGUUAAAUUACAUGGUAAUGAAGAAGAUUUAUCGUUCACGAAGAAAAAGCCGAAGCUAGGUAUGGUGAAGGCUCGAUCAAUGAGCAGCUUGUUGGGCCAAGCUGCAGAUGGUAGUCAUGGAAUUCAAUUGGUAGAAAAUGAUUAUGAGCUGACCAGCCGCUGGACGAAGACAGAAAAUGUUUAGAUUUAAGGUUUUUUUAAAGUGCAUGGCUAGUGUAAUUGUUGUAACUUGUAAGCUCUUGUUUAUGUUUUGAAACUCUUGAUGAAUGUAUAAGAUGGGAAAUAUAAUCAAUGUUAUUAAUGUA